AAUUGGGACCGGUCAAGGCUUGGUUUUGUCUAUCAGAUGGUUCAGAUAAGAUAUUUCAGUGCCGCCCGUUUAAGUUGCAGUAUUGGAUGCAUCUUCUUUUGCAACACUACAGUAAGUUUCAAAGCAAAGGAUAUCAAAAAGAAAGCAGAAGAAUGGUAAGCUUGAACUGCCUUUCCAUUAACAAACUUCAAAUUCUUGCCUCCACAAACAAAACUUCUUCACCUUCCACAUCUCAUCAAGGCAGCCCCCCUAAGCGUUCACAUCCCACAAUAGACACUGGCAGUAGUUCCCCAACAACAUCACAGCCACCAUCAAUACCAAGGCUGAAGCAGAAGAGAAAGCAGAAGCAACCAUCAAUUCUGGAGAUUGAAAGAGCCGUCAGUGCAGGCAGUUUUAGAGACACAGAACCCGUCAGGGACCCAAAAGAGAAGAUGUCCCUGUUUGGUACCCCCAUGUCAACUGAAAGCCCUGUGGAGAAGCAACUACGUGAGACAGGGGAGUGGAUUGCUGAUAAAACGGAAGCCUCUUUUCGCUCUGCUGGGAAGCCAAUUCUGAUGUUUACAUUUCAAUGGAUGCUACCUUUGUGGCUUUUUGCAUUCUUCGUGGCUUCUGGGAUCAUAAAGCUUCCAUUUGACACCCCUUUGCUUGAUGACUUCAUUAUGUGAUAAAGCUUACUCUCCUCUGUAAAAUUGAUGAAAUGCAGUUCUACGCUCCAUAUCUGGCUGACUAAAAAAUUCACAUUUUGAAAGUC